AUGCGCACAUACAUCUCCAUAGGCCUGACCCGUGUGUUCGGUGAAGAAGUGGAUGCGGAUCUCAAGCUGGCCUUUCUUGGUUUCUUUAACAAGAGCCUCGAUGUCCUCUUGGUGAGCUCCUUGGAAUACAUGGCUUCAUUCUUCAUCACAGUCUGGAUGGCACAGACUACAGCAGUGGGUGAUAGACGUGGUGUGAAGUACAGCGACUUUGGUUUGAGAGAGGAGUUGACGAAGCCGUGGAUGACUGUUAGCAACUUUGCCACAAGGUGGCGAAGGUCUAGCUUGAGCUGGAAAAGCGUUGCCCGCUGUUUGCUUUGUCUCUGCGUAUCUGUCUCGGUUAUGUUGCAAGGCCUGGCCGUGAACACUGUGGCUAUACCGAAGAAGCGUUGGUAUCCUGUUUAUCAGAAACGUUGGAAAACAACGGCACAGGACCGAACGACAAUGAGAAUCGAGCAUCCUAAAGUAUCACUCCUCGGCGUGGACUGGCUAAACAUCCUCGGUGUCGGCCAAUCCAAUAUUGGAGGGGAAGGCUACCCACCAUGGGACUGGGCGCUCGGCAUGUCCGCUUCUCUCGCGUUCGCCGGCCUAACGCAUGUUGUGUCCACGGUAAAGGAAUCGCAGAAAGGCUGGAGACACGUAUACAACUACCGGCUGGACGGAGAUCCAUGGAAGCGCUGGACUGCACUCAAUACCGAUUUCGGCCUAUCAAAUGGGUCAGUCGAGACGGCCUCCGCAGACGAUGGGCAAGUAACCAGUGUCUACAACUGGCUCAAGGACGCGGACCAUCAGCCAACAUCUUCAUCGAUCGGUUGGACCGGUAACUUGACGCUCGUACUACCAGUGCUGAACACUGUCUGCACGCCAAUGGAGUCAUUGAACCCGGAGGCGUCAAUCCUUGUCCGGCCGCCAGCUAGAAACGAAUCGUCGGAAGCGGUGAUCAUGACCGAUUUUGGACCAGUCCCAUCCCUAGGCUUUGCCGGUGCCACUUGUUCCAGCUUGUUCCGACAUGGAUUAUACGCAGUCAAUGUGUGGAUCGUGGACAGGGAAAGUCCCGACCUUAGCUUUAACCAUUACGGCGCUGAAUUGAACCAGAAGAUUGUUUACAACCGCGCAACUGCAAGCGACUUUGAUGUUGCCAAUGGAGUAGGUAUGCAGGCACGGGACGUCAUGCCGAGGCUUGAGCUAUUGGUUCCAUCGACUAGAUUACUGCCGCAAUUCUUAUUGAUGAGUCGCAACCUACAGGCAAUCGAUCCACUUGUGAACUCCGACGCCAUGGGCCUGUCGAUCGUUAUGGGGAUCCUAUUCCAGAACAUCCUCAGCAUGAGCAAUAAGUACUGGUCUCCUCUUCCGUCGUCUCUGCCUUCUAAAUCGGAAGAUAAGAUUGUAUCCUAUCCCAUUCAAUGGCAACUGUACGGGUCCAGUCCGCGUCUGAGCUGGGAGUGGGUAGCCGUUGCCGUCCUCGCGAUCGUGCUGUUGUCGUCUUGCUUUGGCAUAUAUCAAACACUGCGGUACUGGAUGGCACCGGGUCCGUGGGUACAGCUUGAUGGUAUGAUGAUGAUUGCGCAGCGAAGCCCAAAGCUUGAGGGCAUCGGAGACGAAGAAACGGCGCGGAAAAGGAUGUACUCAGUAGAAGAGAAUGGGAGUGGGGUAUUGAUACUCAAGAGUAGAGCAGGGUAG